UUUAAAGGUCAGCUUUGUGCUUAUCGGCUGCAAGUCUAAUUUGCUCACUCAAUGAUUCUCAAAGAGAUUUGUGCAUGCAACAUGGACUGAGAAAAUGAAUGUGUCUGUUCUGCGUGAGGACCUGUUUGCUUUCCAAGGAGCAGUCACUGCCAAAAGGAGAACGGCAGGUCAGGAGCAGCAGCAGAUGUAUGGAGGUCCCCAUGCCAGAAGUGCUGUCCUCUGAUUCUGACUUAGAAAGAUCUGCAGUUUCCCUCCUGGUGGCCAUCCUGCAUGGGUGCCAAGUUCCACACGGGAGUUAAUGAAUAAGAAGGAAAUGUCAGUGAAGAAAAGGAUCCAGAAUGAUUACUAACCUAUGACUCCCAACAGUAUGACAGAAAAUGGCCUUCCAGCCUGGGACAAACCGAAGCACUGUCCAGACAGAGAGCACGACUGGAAGCUACUAGGAAUGUCUGAAGCCUGCCUGCACAGGAAGAGCCAUCCAGAGAGGCGCAGCUCGCUCAAGAAUGAACAGUCCCCACAGCUCAUCCAGGCCACUUGGACGAGCUCCAUAUUCCAUCUGGACCAUGACGAUGUGAACGAUCAGAGUGUCUCAAGUGCCCAGACCUUCCAAACAGAAGAAAAGAAAUGUAAAGGGUACAUUCCCAGUUACCUAGACAAGGACGAGCUGUGUGUAGUGUGCGGUGACAAAGCCACAGGGUAUCACUACCGCUGCAUCACGUGUGAAGGCUGCAAGGGUUUCUUUAGAAGAACCAUUCAGAAAAAUCUCCAUCCAUCCUAUUCCUGUAAAUAUGAAGGAAAAUGUGUCAUAGACAAAGUCACCCGAAAUCAGUGCCAGGAAUGUCGCUUUAAAAAAUGCAUCUAUGUUGGCAUGGCAACAGAUCUGGUGCUGGAUGACAGCAAGAGGCUGGCCAAGAGGAAGCUGAUAGAGGAGAACCGGGAGAAGAGGCGGCGGGAGGAGCUGCAGAAAUCCCUCGGGCACAAGCCGGAGCCCACGGAUGAGGAAUGGGAGCUCAUCAAAACGGUCACGGAAGCCCACGUGGCCACCAACGCCCAAGGAAGCCACUGGAAGCAGAAGCGGAAAUUCCUGCCAGAAGACAUUGGACAAGCCCCGAUAGUAAAUGCUCCAGAAGGCGGAAAGGUCGACUUGGAAGCCUUCAGCCAUUUUACAAAAAUCAUCACACCAGCAAUUACCAGAGUGGUGGAUUUUGCCAAAAAGUUGCCUAUGUUUUGUGAGCUGCCAUGUGAAGACCAGAUAAUCCUCCUCAAAGGCUGCUGCAUGGAGAUCAUGUCCCUUCGCGCUGCUGUGCGCUAUGACCCCGAAAGUGAGACUUUAACCUUGAAUGGGGAGAUGGCAGUGACACGGGGCCAGCUGAAGAAUGGGGGUCUUGGGGUGGUGUCCGAUGCCAUCUUUGACCUGGGCAUGUCUCUGUCUUCUUUCAACCUGGAUGACACUGAAGUAGCCCUCCUCCAGGCCGUCCUGCUGAUGUCGUCCGAUCGCCCAGGGCUCGCCUGUGUUGAGAGAAUAGAAAAAUACCAAGAUAGUUUCCUGCUGGCCUUUGAACACUAUAUCAAUUACCGAAAACACCAUGUAACACACUUUUGGCCAAAACUCCUGAUGAAGGUGACAGACCUGCGGAUGAUCGGAGCCUGCCACGCCAGCCGCUUCCUGCACAUGAAGGUGGAAUGCCCCACGGAACUCUUCCCUCCUUUGUUCUUGGAAGUAUUUGAGGAUUAGACUGACUGGCUUCAUUCUCAUGAUUCCUACCGCACUACUGGGUGUCAUUUCAUUCCAUUGCCUCGCUCCUUUUUGUCUGUUUCUUUCUUUGUGUUGGGAGGGAUUGUUUGGGGGUAAAGGGAGGUAAUCCUUGGCAUAGACACGGAUGAAAUUUUACCUUGAAUGCGGGUCCUUGUAACUAUUGCAUUUUGUUCUCCAGUCUUUGAUGUGAAUGCUUUGAAGGUUUUACAGUUGUGGAGGUGGGGUAGGGGACGCUUAUUAACUCACCAGCACCAAGCCAUCACCAGCUGCCACCUGUCCCUGUUCAGAGACUCGAGCAAGCAAAAUGGCGCUGCAGAAGAAUAAAGAAGACGUAAACCCAAGAUAAUACAGUCAUUCUGAUCCAAUCCUGAUUUUUCCAGGGCUCAAGUUAGCAGAGCGCAGACAAUCUUUGGGUAGAUGUGGCUUUCAACAUUUUACGGAUGACACAAACAAAUUUUCAUUUCCCACCACUCCUUAUUCUCUCCCAGCAUUGUCAUUUAGUGGGUACAGGAAUAUUUGCACCCUAAAAAAAUAAGCUGCCCUCUCCUGAUUUAAUUCAAGUCAUACAUAGGCAGGGCUCAAAGAUGUGCAGAUAUUUGACUGACUGAGGCCAACAGGCGAAAUGAUUUCCUUCAGGGAGCCCAAAGAAAUUAGAAAUCUUCACCAAUAUCAGUGAGUCCAGUUUCCAAAAAUCCACAUGUGUUACUUCACAGUAGGGAAUCUUCUUUACCGUUUAGGCUGAAAGAACAUUUUGCCAUAGAAAUCAAGCCUAUUUACAAGGAGUCAUCUCUUUUCAAUGGCAUCUGAUCUGUCAUCGCCCAAGCUCCUGAAGCUUUUUAUCCUGGUUGCAUCUUUGCUGAGCUGACAACAGAUUUCCCUAUGGAUUAAAUCUUCUAAUCAAGGAGAGAUAACAAGCUGAAAUUGGAGUCUUGUUCUGGAGGAAUUCUGAGGAGAGAUGAGUGGCUACAUUGUCAGUUGAAUGCAAUGCAGUGUUUGGAGAGCCUCUUCAGGGAGCCAAGGAGGCUUCCUUCUGGUCUUAGAGCUCAAGCUCUUUGCUGUACUCAAAAAUGUCUCAGUCCCUUUUUUCCCUCCAACUUUAAAGCACUAAAUAGUUUGACUCUCUCUAAACAAAAACUAGGCCCUGUCACUGACCCUCUGUCAAUUUUACGGCACUACCCUGACAGAAACUCAAACCCCUGCAGACCAUGUAACACAGUCAGUGACUUUCCUUCCCCACCCAGCCUGCCUCCCCAUGACCUGCACUGGAGUAGCCUGUGCCCGAAAACAAACAGUGACACCUCAUCACUUCAACAUCAGAAAACGGGCAAAGAAUGUAUCCAUGCAAUUGAAUGUAUCUCAUCCUUCACUGGCAUCGUAGAGAGAAACUAUUUCUUUGCCUGCCUUUUACUGCCUUAUCCUGGAAAUACUGGGGGAAAUAAGCCAUAUCGGUGAAAAUUAAGUCACUGUGAAAACCAAGUGGAUUGUUUGUAAGUUUGGUAGA